AAAGUGCCAAACUUUGUAGAUACAGACCCUUUGUGCCUGAUUGUGCUAUUUAAGAUACAUCACAACAAUGGGAUAAAGUACUCCUAUCUCUGGACAUUAUACAUGCGUAACAGUCGGGCAUUCUGUAUUGUUGUCUGCUAUCAACAUGAACUGGCUACAUGAUAGCCACCAUACUCUGAGCAGCUGUAUGCUAUUUCUUGUCAUUGUGUAUGAACGUGUAUAUGUGCAAUGCCUAAAUUAUAUCGUGAGUGAUGUAUUAUAUGCUGUUACGACAGGCUUGGAUAUUAAUUUAAUGAGAUCAUGAGGGAAAUUUCACGGCUCACAAAUGUUGUUUUCUUUCCUUUUUUGGCAUGUGUGAUGUCAUGGCUAUAUUGUUAUGUGGUAGAUAAAGUAACCAUUUAGUCAAUAUGGUUGUAGUUUGUGCUUGUAACCAAAGCUGUGGUCAGCAUUCACUGGAAAGAGAUUGUGUAUGUGCAAUAGUAAUACUUCGUUAUAAGGAUUUAUAAACAGAAAGACAGCAAACAUAAUUUGAACAAAAUUGUGAAUUUUUUUUAUUGAAAAAAAUAUUACCAGAAGCUAAUACGUUUUUUUUAAAGUGGCUGAUGUUCUUACUGUUCGUAACAUCCUGUGUAAUUGGUUCGCGACGUAAUGUUUAGUAAACUGGAGACUGGAUGCUAUGUAUUGAUUGUGUAUAGAUGUGUAAACUGGAUUACAACAUAUAUGUAGUGUGAUUUAAUCUUUAUCCAGUAAGGGAUCAUCACAGAGGUGUGGAGAGUUCACCAGCCUGGAUUUUAUAAAGGAGCUGUGAAAUUUCAUCAGAUAGAACACAUGGAUUUAUACUAAAGGGGUCAAAAAAGAUCUCAAUAAGAACAAAAAGUAUCAUAUUGUGGACAUUAAUGGGUUUUCAAGUGAAUGCUUGCUUGUGAAUGACCAAAUAGUAGAGAAUUCUUCUGAAUACUAAUUAUAUUAGUGAACACUUCAGGACGAUCACCAGUGGAUCUUUCUUUGAAUAGGAAUGAAGUAGAACCAAGAUGGAUGUUGAUUUUGUAAAUGAUGCUAAUUUGUGAGUGCAUUUUUUCAGUGGAACCAAAUUUGAAUCAUGAAUGAAUCGGGAUAGAAUUGGAUGUUAAAUUUGUGAAUGUCAAAUAGAGGAAGAAAACCUUUGUGGAUUAUUUGUGGAUGAGCAUGUACUAUUUAAAGCCACUACAGAUGAAGGAAUGAAAAAAACAUGUCCUUGAUAACAUCACAUGACCCUCCUGUACAUCGCGAACAUCCAUUCUGUAAAAAUUGUAAAAUUUGUCACCAGGCUCGAUACAACCGAAGAUUCGGCCGUAUGUCCAUGGUCAUCCCAGACACAGUCCAGUGGUGGCUCAACAACUGGACAAUUCCAGGGUCACUCGAAUCCAUCGCAAAGGGCCUGAAUGGGUUUGAGGAGUUAAGGAAAUACAUCAAGCAAGGCUGUGAAUUCUGUAAAGAUGUCUCCAUCAUACUAGCAGAGAGGGCAGAGUUAGAGAGCACAUACGCAAAAGGGUUAGCUAAACUUGCCGCCAAACUAAGUAAAUCUUCCAGCAAUACUAUAGGAACUUUGUCCAAUGGAUGGAAAGCGGUUUCAGUUACAAUGGAGCAGGAGGCAGAAUUACACAAAAAUUUAUCGACGGCCCUCCAGGAAGAAAUUAGUAAACCUAUUAAACACCUGAUGGAAGCCCAGCACAAAGCCAGGAAACCUAUUGAGGUUGCUGUAGACAAAAGCCUAAAGACUUUGACGGACAGAAGAGCUGAGGAAUAUAAGGCUAAAAGAGGAGCAUACUCUGUUGCUAAGGAUCGAGAAAAAGGGGAGGAAACUCUGUCAGAUGCUCGUGCAGGGAAAGGAAAAUACUCUGAGAAGGAGUUAGCCAAGCUGGAUAAGAAAUGUGAACAAGUAGCCAAAUUGUUACGGAAAGCAGAUAAAGAUUACUGUGAAUUAUGUGAGAAAGCGGAAGCUGCUCGACAGGAAUGGGACUUCUCUGUGUGUAAAGGAAGUGCACAGCUACAGACAUUAGAGGAGGAGAGAAUCAAUAAGAUGUCCGAGUAUCUUAACCAUUACAACAGUCACAUUUCUGUGUUGGGACCAAGACUAACCCAGAGUUGUGACCGUCUUCAUGAAGCCGUGAUUUCCGUUGACCUUCAGUCUGACCUUAAAACAAUCGUCCAACAGAAAGGAUCAGUGAUGACUACACCGGAACAGAUCCUUCUUGACUGUUACUCAGAAGAUAUGCAGUUUAGCAUGAAAGCUGAGCGAAGAAAAAAUUCUCUACAAAAUUACCUGUUAUAUCUGCGGCAAGCAAUAGAGAGGGAACGGAAAGGAAGAGAAGGUGUGGAAAAAUUGGUCGAAGUGUACAAACAGCGACCUAAUUUUGCUGAUCAGGAUGCUCAAGAUGAUGCCAGGCAAAGAUUAUCACAGGUGACGUUUACAAUGAAUUUUCUUGAAGCUAGUCAUUUUAAGAUGGCGUCAACACUUGCCAAGCUGGAGGGACAACAGAAACUUACCCAUAAGUUUGCCCAGUACAUAGAAACGGCUCGUGAUAAACAGAGUAUCAACAUCAGUACCCUCCGGCUGCCCAUGAAUUUGGCUGUGGAGGGUAGCUCUGGGUAUGAUGUUACAUCAGUAACUGUGGGCGCUCUGGCAAGUCAAGGAGGGGAUACAUACGAAGAUUUUGAUGAUGAUGAGUUUGAUGAAAUUGGGGAGACGCAUGUGAUUGGUCGAUGUAAGGUUAUGUACGAGUACAGUCCAUCACAGAAUGACGAAUUACCAAUUCAGCCAGGGGACUUGAUAAACAUCUAUGAGAAACAGCCAGAUGGUUGGUGGCAGGGAGAAUUACGAGGACGUGUUGGAAUUUUCCCUGCCACAUACGUGGCGGAGGUGUGACCAGGGCACACUCUGACAGUUGUGACAGAGAUCUGACAUCCUUGACAUUACAAUUGGGGUCAGACUCCUGGAGAUAAGAUAGUUAUAACCAGGAGAAUAAAAUAUUUGAACACUUGUGAAUUAAUUUACUGAAUUUUAUGAGAUGAAAAUCUGAUAUGUUGGGUAAAAAAAAAGGAUAGAUGUUGGCAAAAUAUGUAGAAGCAGAUAAAAUAACUGAUCCAGUCAAGGAUUUAGGUCUCGUGUUCCUGGUAAUAAACAGAUAUGAACCUUGGAACUGAACGGUUUCUACCCCUGGGUAUGCAGGUCUGAUCCCAAGAGGCUCUAGAAUUGACACUUUCUUGCGGAAAUGUUUCUAAACAUCUUUGAACUACUACUCAAUGGAUUAGUUCUGACCGGUAUGGAUGAAGAAGACACAUGUAGUGCUACACAUCCAAUGAGUGUGUUUUGUCUGAUGAAUGUUAAAAUGAAAUACAAUUCACUAUGUUCUGUCUAUUGUAUAAACCACAUGAUAUUACAUGGUUCAUUGUAAACUUCUAUACUUUGUUUUGUAUUGUGUUGUAAAUUUAAAACAGUAUUUUCCUUUGUGUUUUUCUGAAAGGUUAUGGACAAUUUUUUUUUUUCUGUAUACUCUAUGAAACCAAUGAUUUUUGAACAUUUGUAUCUUUAAUUCUAUACACUAUUUAAUAGAAAAUGUGAUUUUUGGCUAAGUUUAAGUUUGUUGAAAGGUAACAAUUUCAAUUUAUUAUCCUUAUUAUUAAGGUUAUAUCCUGUAAAGUUUAUGCUAUAAAAUUGAUCUGCAUAAAACAUUUCAAAUUAAAAUUUGAGCAGUUUUUCUGUAAAAUGGUAUACCUGAUGGUUGUUCUAUAAAGGGUUCUUGUCAGUCAAGUGGGAGAGUUCCCUCCCUUUGUAUUUAUAUUGAGAAGGAACAAUACAUUCUUGAGACAAAUUAGUGUUGACACCUGAUUUGACCUUGUAUCUUGUGACUGAAGAGGUUUAUUUUUCUGAAGAAACACAUUGAUGGUUGUAGCUUUGUUUAUGAUAUAACUAUAUAUUGCUUUAAAACUUUCCUGACUAUUGGUCAAUAUUUGCAAUAGGCUGAGAUGAAAAGUAAAAGAUCUAAUAUUUCAAAUACUAUUUACAGAUUGCAGGGCUGUGAUCUCUUCCUUAACUACAGAGAUUUUUGUCAGAUUUUAUGUAAAAGGAAUUAAUUUUUGAAAUUGAUAUGGUUGAAUAUUUUCGUCUUGGCUUUCUUCAUUCAGGUAUUUUUUUCAAUGUCUUGUCAUCAAACAUUUAUCUAAAAUUGUGUUACGAACAUAACUCUGUCAUUUAUUUGACCUGGCGUUGUGUCACUGACUUUGAGUCUGUAAUUUCAGGAUCCUUGUUAAGAUGUUAGUGUUUGGAGAAAUUGAAGACCAUCUUUAUGUACAUAUCCAAGAAAUCUAUGCAGACAUGCUGCAAAAUGUAUGUUACCAAUGUUUGAAUUUUAAUGGACUGCCAUUCUGUUCAUCAUAAACCUUAUUCUAUUGUGACAUAAUUAUCAAGAUAUAUGCUGAGGUAUCAGUGCUCCUGUCAUUUAAACAGCGUUGUAGUAAAUAGAGUAGUUGUUACAGUUGAUCAAUUGUGUUGUCAUUUUAUGAAAGUAACAAACAUUCUAUUUCAUUAGAAUGUAUGUAUUUAUAGAUGAGUAUUAAACAAUUGAUAUUGUCUGUAGUUAUUUUUUACUCUAGGUUUACAAAACAAUUUUGUUAACCUCGUUGAAAGUCCAUAAUUGUUAAUUAUCUAAACAUCACAUCCAUAUAAUCACAACAUAUCACAGAAAUAACUUGACAAACACUAGAAGUUCACUCCACCUGUACUCUUUUGGAAAAGUAAAGUACUUAUUUGUGCAUCGCAUCAUGAAUGACUUAAAGAUGAAUGUUAAAAGAAAGUUACAUGUUCUCACUGUUAUAUUCUGAAUGUUUUGAAAACAAGUUCAUUGCUACAUAUUCCUUGUAUAUUGCAAUGUCAAAUAAUGUGUUAUGUAUGCAAAAAUGUUUUAUAUUUCAUACCCAAAUUAAAGUAGAAACUAAAAAAAAAAAAUUAUAAACAUUUAUUGAAGGAUGUAUGCUCUCUUACAUUACCAUGUCUCUCCUUUCCAAAAGAUACAACACAAGGGAUAAAUCCAUCAGAUAUGAAAGGCAGAUGACAAAUUUAUCUUACAUUUGAAAUCAACAUACAAAAAAAUGGUGAAGGUCUAUAGUAAAAAUCUGAGAUAGAUGAAAAGGAAUUCCUUGUGUGAAGAAGCAUACAUUUUAAAGUCUUGUAUAGAUGUCAAUUAAAUUUAAUAGAUUAGAUGAUGAACUUCAUAUUCUGAAAUGAAAGAAAGGUAAUAAUAUUUAGAAAAUGAUCUGAUAUUAAAUGAUUGGUUGUAUAAGUGUAUUUUGGUUAACUCAUUUAUUGAAUGGGAUUGAGGUCAUCAACUGUUCUUUUGGACCAGUAGACCAAUCUGUGGAACUGUUUCAUUGUCCAAUGUACUCAUAAAAUGACAGAGUAACCUCCCUUCCCUCAGAAUAGUCACCGCUAUUUAUGCUAUGACAUUGUUAUAACAGAAAAAGGGUACAGAUUUUGAUAGCAAUUCUUAUUCUUACUGCCAGUAGUUGAAAGGAUGAUAAAAAUUCAAUUUUGUAAAGCUAACUUUUUAAAAUUUCAUUUUAACUGCAUUACCUGGUAUAGGUAUCUGAAUAUAAACGGUUCUUUAAGUCAAGAAUUAGUUUAUAUUGAUAUUUUUUGUUAAGUAACAUAAGAUCAUAACUGUCUCAUUAAAGAAAAAUGAGAGCUUUACAAUGAGUAUUUUUUUGAAUUGCUGGGUAAAUUUAGUUGUGGUACAUGUAUUAACAUGGUAGAUAUUUUAGAUAACUUUCUAGAAUUGCUCAUGGUAUUACUUCAGAAUUUUUAUCUUCUGAAAGUUAGAAAGGUCUUUUUUCUCUUUCAUUUUGAAGUGUUUUCACUCAUUCUCAUAAUUCUUAAAACUGUUCUCGUUAGUUUGUAAAAUUCUGUGAAGACUGUCCAUUUCACAUAAAAACAGAAUGGUUUUUGUCAGACAUUUGUUGUCGUUUAAAUGUAAUACUGUGUUAAUAUGAUUAUAGCUUUAUGUUAUUAUUUUAUAUUAAAAUGAAAUUCCAAACCUC